CUGAUAAGUAUCUGCAAGCGACGUAUUUCCUAGCCAUCAAGCAUGCCCACCUGUGUCCGCUAUGGAAGUCUGGAAGUUUGUCGACUACUCUGAUACUGCUCCUGUUCUUGCGCUGUCCCUCACUGCCAAGCGGUGGGGACUUGAUCCUUUCCCCGGCAAUCUAGUAGCCAUCUCAAGCAUCUGGCACGACUUCCAACGGUCCAACGGAACUGAAGAGCUUGCCUCAGCUCUGCCAUACACUUGCUCGUACAGCUCUUCAUCGUAUCUUGACUCUUACGUCCAUGACUACUCCCAAAACACUCGUGACGAUUACACUCUGGACGACAGCUAUAAAAACAUAACUAGGAACUCGGCCAUCUGCAACAAAGUCUCCCGUGCUCAUCUUUGCGACUCUAGCUGCCUCAUCCUCAUCGAAGGCGUUGGGAGCAAAACCACGGGUCCGGCCCACUCUGAUAUCGUCGGCCUUACCCACGGCCUAUCCUUCCUGAUUUCCCUAUCCGUUACUGCUCUCACCGUCAUGGGUUUCCUCGAAGGACUCAUCAAGCGGCCGAAGCCCCCCCAACUCACCGCCGUCAUCAGAAAAACGUACAACGAACCCCACAAGCCGCUCGCCAACCCGUAUCCACUAGAGCAGUACAGCACCUCGAGAGACGUCGUUUACUGCGCGCAACUGAUGCGGCAAAUGUACUCUCUAGAUCUAUCGAUCUGGGCUAUGGAGGACUCGGCGCCAGGAGAGGUUCCCCGUCGUGAAGCGAUGAAGACGCAAGCGAACGCCCUUUUGGAAGAGAUACGGAACGUCGUGGAGGUGUGGCAGAAGGACAUACAACGGGAGGACGGAGGAACAUGGAAGCUGGAGGAGAGGAAGCUCGUCGAUGAGAUUUCGAAGGCUGUGUUGGAGUAUCCGGCGGAGAGAUAUCCUGUUUCGAUGGAUGCGCGGCCUGCGGCGAAGAAGAAGUGGGAACAGCAACGAGGGCUCAGUGCUGUGGGAAAUAACACCAAUGGCACUGCAGGGAAUGGACACGUGCAUCCGCCCGUAGCCUUACCUGAGCUGCGCGGAGACAUCCGACAAGCAGCGGAAUUGGAGGCUCGAUCUUUGCGGUCAUCAAGGCGACCUCCAAUCUUUAAGUUCCCACGCAAACCCUUGGAAAAUCCUUCGUCUUUGCGCACUAGUCAAGCAACCUAAAUAUCUGUUAGUUUUCAAGCUCACCAAAAGGCUGAUAUGUAUACCAAUCAAUAUAUUCAACCGUCAUUUUCCACUUACGCA